AUGUUUUUAGCUCAACAACUUCCAGAUUUGAAAAGUGAACUUUUGAAGCGCGAGGAAAAGAACAGCCUGCCGCCUCCCCCCACGAAUGCUGCAGACAAGUUAAGUCUCCGUCUAGGGUCCUCAGAGAAUGCCAUGAACACACGGAAGUCCAUUCUGGACCUCAUGGAGACCACGCUGCAGACAAAGGGAUGCACCAUUUUGUCCAAAAAUGAUGGCAAUGCUGGCGAGGCACUCGACUUACGUACAAAGUGGCAUUUUGCCCGACAGCAGCAACUCCUGUAUUUCGCUGCGCGUCAAGGCAUAUCCGAUGAAGAUUUCUCUGAAAUACUGAAUCAGCUCUACAUGGAGAGCAUUGACUUUGCUCCGGUGUCGGACCCGGGGGCCAAGACCCCAGAGCACGAUCCUCUAAACACCCCGGCUUUGCAGGACAAGACAGUGGAACCACCAUGCCGAAUAAAUUCAUUCGAUGACCCCUAUAUUCCCAUACCCUUGCUAGCGGAAGCGCUUCUUCUAGAAGAGGAGAGCAUUAUUCAAACAACGCAACAGGCACAAAUCGAUAGCCGAAUUGCGGAAGUGACUGAGUCCUCGGAUUUCAGCAGCUCCGAAUCCUUAGGAAACUCUGACACGCGCAGUCAUUCGGAUAAACCUGGUAAGUGUGUCUCUACCUGCCUAGUAUCUGAUGUUCUAUCUAACUGGAUUACACUCAUUUUGCCUCCCAGAUUUCAGUAA